AUGGUGUCUAUCCUCCAACCUUUUAUCUUCCUGCUCUCUCUUCUCCCUCUCCUUGCAUCUGGUCUACCAUCUUCACGCCACUUUUCUGCUCUCAAACCUGCCUACUUCCUUCUCGCUGGCGACAGCACCACAGCAACACAAAGUACAAACGGAGGCGGCUGGGGCGAUGGCUUUCUGAACUUCACCCUGAAGCCAGGCUCCUCAGGACGCAAUUACGGACACAAUGGAGCCACGACCAAGAGCUUCAGAGAUGGAGGUGAUUGGGGUCGUCUGAUUACCGAAGCAGAGACCAAGACGACCAACUAUACCGUUUAUGUGACCAUCCAGUUUGGGCAUAAUGAUCAGAAAGCAACUUCUGGAGUGAAUCUUACACAAUACAGCGAUAAUUUGAUUGCUUUUGGAAGAGAGGUGUCGGCUAUCGGUGCUAUUCCUAUCUUCGUCACAUCUCUCACCCGCCGCAAAUACACCAAUACCACCCCACCAGCCAUAGUUCAAGAUCUCGCCGUCCAACGCAACCUCACCGUCUCCGCAGCUCAGACAACACACUCCAGAUACAUUGAUCUCAACAUUGCUUCUGUGGACUACUGCAAUGCUAUUGGUCCUGAAGCAGCUUGGAAGUACAACUUGAAUCCAACUGAUUAUACGCAUUUGGACACAAGGGGUAGUGUGGUGUUUGGGAGGUUGGUGAGCGAUCUUUUGGUCAGAAGGUUUGGGGAUAUCGGGGCUGUGACGAGGGGGAAUGGGACGUUGAGCAGAGAGAUUCGGGAGGGUGUUGCUGCGUAA